AUGCAACUGAACAAUAAUGUGACUGAGCUCAUUGUGCUUGCGUUGACACAAGAUCCCUUUAGGAAGAAAAUUGUGUUUGUCAUUUUCUUGAUUUUCUAUUUGGGGUUAUUGCUGGGUAACUUGCUGAUUAUUGCUACCAUCAAGACCAGCCGGGCACUGGAGAGUCUAAUGUACCUCUUCCUUUUCCACUUAUCCUUAUCUGAUGCCUGCUUCUCUACUUCGAUAGCACCUAGGAUGAUUAUGGAUGCCCUUUUGAAGAAGACCACUAUCUCUUUCAGUGAGUGCAUGAUCCAAGUCUUUACAUUCCAUUUCUUUGGCUGCCUGGAGAUCUUCAUCCUAAUCCUCAUGGCUGUAGACCACUGUGUGGCCAUCUGUAAACUCCUGCACUACACGACCAUCAUGAGUCAUCGAGUCUGUGGUGUGCUAAUGGUCCUGGCAUGGAUGGGGUCCUGUGUGCAUUCUUCAGCUCAGAUUUUUCUAGCCUUGAGUCUACCUUUCUGUGGUCCCAAUGUGAUUGAUCACUAUUUUUGUGACUUUCAGUCUUUGUUGAAACUUGCCCAUACAAACAACUAUGUGACCAACCACCUCCUGGUGUCCAACAGUGGGGCCAUCUGCACAGUGAAUUUUGUCAUGCUGAUGUUCUCCUAUGCUAUCAUCUUGCAUUCUCUGAGAAACCACAGUGCUGAAGGGAGGAAAAAAGCCCUCUCUACCUGCAUCUCCCACAUUAUGGUGGUCAUCUUGUUCUUCCGUCCUUGCAUAUUUAUAUACACAUGCCCUGCAACCACCUUCUCCACAGAUGAUAGCUGUGUUUUACACAAUUGGAACAUUGUGUUUUACACAAUUGGAACACCUUUGUUCAACCCUCUGAUUUACACACUGAGGAAUGCAGAAGUGAAAAAUGCCAUGAGGAUGUUAUGGAGCAAGAAGUUGGUCUCAAAUGAUGGAAGAUGA